CUUUCCCAGCAGCCUGGAGGGUUGAAUUCCUCCAUCUGGGACAGCUCAGCCGUCCUGAGGCGAAUCCGGGGGCCGCUCCUCACUCAGGAGAUGCCAUCGGUGUCCGUGCUGGACUAUGCUCUGCCUCAGAGACCCCCACAAGCUCGAGAGGAAGAGCGAGACCCCUCGGAGCGAGCGUUACCCCGGCGUUCAUCCUCCCCUGUCAUCGGGAGCCCCCCUGUCCGGGCUGUCCCCAUCGGCACCCCUCCCAAGCAGGCAGCUCUGCCCAACUUCAACCAGCAGAUCCUGUGUCCAAAGCCUGUCCACAUCCGAGCUCCCAUGCAGCAGCGCUACCCCGCUCCCUACGGCGAGAGGAUGUCCCCCAACCAGCUCUGCAACGUCCCGAAUUCUUCCCUCUUGGGCCACCCGUUCCCUCACAGCGUCUCUCCUGUCCUCACCCCCCUGCAGAGAGCGCAGCUGCUUGGAGGAGCCCAGGCUGGUCGAAUGUCCCCCAGCCAAUUUGCCCGUGUGUCUGGCCUGGUUGGGAGCCCCCUCCCCUCCGUCAAUCCUAAACUGCUCCAGGGCAGAGUCGGGCAGAUGAUGUCUCCCGCCAGUGGGUUUCGUGCCUUUUUUGGGGCUCCCCCUGCUCCACCUCCCUCACAACCGCAGCACCCGCCGGGCCCUGGAUCCCACCUGCAGAACCUGAGGCCACAACCUCAAAUGUUCCGACCUGACACCACCCACCUACACCCCCAGCACCGUCGGCUCCUGCACCAACGGCAACAACAGAACCGAAACCAGCACCGGAGUCUUAACGGCUCAGUAGGGGAUCGAGGGGGUCACCGGAGCAAUCACCAGGAGCAGAUUCGGAAAGAUCCUUACUCUAAUCUGAUGUUGCAACGGGAAAAGGACUGGGUGUCCAAGAUCCAGAUGAUGCAGCUGCAGAGCACUGAUCCCUACCUGGAUGAUUAUUACUACCAGAAUUACUUCCAGAAGCUGGAGAAAUUAGCAGCAGCAGAGGAAGUCCAGGGUGAUGCUCCUAAGAAGGAACGCACUAAACUCAUCACACCUCAGGUGGCCAAGCUGGAGCACACCUACAAGCCAGUGCAGUUUGAGGGCUCGCUCGGGAAACUCACGGUCUCCAGCGUCAACAACCCCCGGAAGAUGAUCGACGCGGUGGUGACCUCCCGCAGCGAGGAUGACGAGACGAAGGAGAAGCAGGUUCGAGACAAGAGACGCCAGACGCUUGUCACGAUCGAGAAGACAUACAGCCUCCUCCUGGACGUGGAGGACUACGAGAGACGCUACCUCCUGAGCCUGGAAGGCGAGCGGCCGGCCCUGAUGGGAGAGAGGAAGCAGAAGAUCUGUGAUAUGUACGACAAUCUGAGGGGGAAGGCACCUGGGCAGGAGAGGUGA